AUGGCUCUCAGCCCGCCCUCUGUUCGCUGGUUGGCCGGCUGCUGUGGAGCCGGAGAUAAUCUGGGAGAUGGUUUGCUAUAUCAGACUGAUCAUGAAAUGAAUGGAGAGGUUCACAGUCAUUUAGAGGAGAGUAUUCGUCCAUACAUUGAUCUGAUUGACACUCUGCGGUCAGCUGGGAUUCAUAAGGACUUGGCAUUACCAACUAUUGUAGUGAUUGGAGACCAGAGUUCUGGAAAAAGUUCUGUGCUGGAAGCACUGUCUGGAGUUGCAUUGCCAAGAGGAAGUGGAAUUGUCACCAGAUGUCCACUAGAGCUGAGGCUGAAGAAAGUACCAGAUGUGUACUGGAAGGCUGUUCUGUCUUACCGUGAUAAGAGAACUGAAUUUGUGGAUUCAUCAUUAGUUCAAAACCGUGUUGAAACAGCCCAGAAUGAGCUGGCAGGAAAAGGUGUAGGAAUAUGUGAUGAGCUCAUCACUUUAGAGGUCAUGUCACCAGAUGUGUGUGACCUCACAAUGAUCGAUCUGCCUGGAAUUGCCAGAGUCCCAGUAAAAGAACAACCAGAUGAUAUUGGAAACCAGAUCAAACAGCUGAUCAUGAAAUUUAUUGAGAAGCAAGAGACUAUAAACAUGGUAGUGGUCCCUUGUAACAUUGACAUUGCAACAACAGAAGCAUUAAAAAUGGCACAAGAAGUAGAUCCUGAUGGCAAAAGAACUGUCGCCAUUUUGACCAAGCCAGACCUCAUAGACACGGGAACAGAGAAAAGCAUUCUGGAUAUUGUCCACAACAAAGUGAUUACUCUCCGCAAAGGUUACAUCAUGGUGAAGUGUAGAGGACAACAGCAGAUCAAUGAUGAAAUUCCUCUGGAGGAGGCAGCACAUAUGGAGAGAGAUUUCUUCCAAAACCAUGACUAUUUCAGAGGCCUCCUGACUGAGAAUAAAGCAACUAUUAAAUGUCUUGCCAUCAAACUGACUCAGAAUCUUGUUGAUCAUAUCAAAAAAUCACUGCCACAGCUUGAUGAGGAGAUAAAAAAGCAGUUGUGGGAUGUGAGGAAUAAGCUCAAGGAGUUUGAGGGAGGACCACCACAGGACCCUAAGGGAGCCAAACAAUUCCUCAUUAAAAUUUUAAUAAGAUUCAAUGAGAAUAUCAUGUCCUUAUCAUCAGGGGAGCAAGUUAAUAGAGAAAAUUUGUUUGCCCAGCUUCGAGAAGAAUUCAAGAAGUGGAAUGAUCAUCUUAACGAUAUAAAGCCAUCCUGGCAAGAAAGUUUGAAAGAGUUUGCCCAGAAUUACAGAGGGAGGGAACUGCUCGGCUUCAGCAACUACAGAGGAUUUGAAUCAGUUCUGCAGGGCCAUGUGGCCAGACUUAAGCACCCAGCAAUUGCCUUACUCGGUAUCAUAAAAGAUAUCAUCCUCAAGCAAUUCCAAGAUGUGUCCUAUAUAUGUUUCCGGAACUACCUUGUUCUUCAAAAUAUCACUGAGAACGUACCAAAAGAAGGGGGGGCCAAAGAAGGGGGGGCGGUGGAUUAG